AUGGACGUCUUUAAAGAAAAAGACAUCAUCUCCUAUGAAAACGUAGCUGAAGCCACUAAUUUAUUGAAAAAGAGCUUAGCAAGAGAAACAUUUGCCAUACGCUUUUGGGAUUUCAAAAAUAAAUCGCAAAUAACAGAAGACUAUGGAGAGCAUUUUAGCAGAGCACUUUCUCAAAAUCUUACACAAAGAAAAAAAAUCGAAAUCCCACACAAAAAAUCUGAAAAUUCAACCCCAAAAGCUAAAAAAAAAGAAGAUAUUCUUGAUAACAAUACCAAGCAUUUUCAUAUUGUUGACCAUGAAAAGAAACCGUUUAGGAAGCACAGAAGACAUUUGCCUUCAGAAGGAAAUUUCAAACGGCCUGAUUUAAAGAAUUUUAAAUUAUUUGAUGAUGUAAGUAUAUAUGAAAAAAGAAAUGCAAUAAGCAAUUCCCCGGAUAAAGGGACAAAAAAUAUAAGUAAAACUGGACUGAUGAUAGAGAACUUCAAAGAAAGCUUGAAAAAUGAUUUAGCAUUCCCUGAAGACCCUGACAAGGUUAGUGAUUAUAUAAGCAGACUUAAACAGACAAAAACUGUUUCGACGAGGAAUUUAUUAGAAGCAGUAAAAAAACAGAUCCUGGUUGAAGGCAAUCAAGAGCUCACAAGAGAUAGAGAUGAAACCAAAUGCCUAACAACUAGACCUUCCUAUUCUCACAGCUCAAGUGAGUCUUUGGUUGUAAAUCCACGGCAGUUUAAAGGUGGUUCUCUUGCAAACUCUUACACAGGCACACUAAAGGAUGCUUGCAAAAUCAUAGCAAAAUCUAAAUCCAAAAACUCUCCACCAGAUCAAUUCACACACACAGAAAAUGCAUCGUAUUUAGCUUCAGAAUUUUAUUCAUCAAGACAGCUCCUUACUCGCCUCCUUUAAAGGGGGGUUAUUUUUUUUUAAAAAAAUUAUAUUUAAAUUUUCUCUAUAGAAGUUGUUUAAUUUUAAAAUCUUAAAACAUUAUAAAUUGAGUGCAAUACUUUGAAUUUUAGCUUAUUUUAAUGAAGAAUUAAAUAAAAAAAUUAAUCAAUUCAGCAUGAAAAUUGUUUAAAUAAUAUUCUACUUACAUUUUGCCUAUUAAAUUAGGUCAAAACUAAUUUUAUAAAAAUUAAUAUUUUCAGCGAUAAAAUUUUCCUAUUGACAAGCAAAUUUGUUACGAUUUCAAGGGGGCUUAAAGCACAAAAAAAAUGUAAAUAAUACCAUUGUUUUUGUUUUAAUUUGAAGGAGGGGAGUUACAGCACGCCGACGCUGCCGACUUCAGGAAAGGAUGAACCCUAAAUUCACCAAAACAAGCUCAGUGCCACAUUUAAAAGGCUAUUUGUUUGAUUACAACCUCCAUCACUCCAGUCAAAGCCCAGCUAAAACUUUUCUUACAUCAGUUCCAGGGUCAUCCCAUCCGUAUUCUAUAGCAUCAACCUGAGCAUCUACAAGUCAUUCUCCGUCAAAGAGAAGAUCUUUAAGCCCUAACAGAAGCUCUGAAAUUAACUGUCUUAAUGCGGUUAUAGUAAAAUGUGGGCAAUUAGAAGAGAACACAAAGCAAGAAAAGCAAGGAAUCAAAGAAAUCGGACAAAAGAUAGGAAAUGACAUAGAAAGCCUUGAAGAUAAAUUGACAGAGAGGGAGCCGAAAUUCAAAAAAAGUUAUAUAAAGCAUAUUGUUGAUGAUUUCAAUGUGGAAAAAAGAGCGUUCAUAUAUGGGAGAAAAUACCAAGGAAGAUAUAUAUCAGGACAUAUGAAGGCCAACUCAUUGCUUCUUGAUCUGUAG